CUUUUUAACCCGUGUCCCCUGCAGCCUAACGACUUUUCUUCUCCAUCUCUCGCUAAUUUUCCCUCACUUUCCCGGGAAAAUCAGGCCGGAGAAAUGGCUGAAUGGGCCCAGCUCCCAAAAGACCUCCUCGAGCAAAUAUCCAAAUGCCUCGAGACCUCCAUUGAUAUCCUCCGAUUCCGCUCCGUUUGCACUUCAUGGCGAUCCGCUAUCUCCCCAAAACCUCGCCGAUUAUCAGGCACAUUCCGGAUACUUCCAAACGACGGAAUCUCUCAUACCUCCUUCGGUUUCUAUCUCUCCAGACGCACCAUAUUUCUAAUCGGAUUACCCAAUUCCCAUUACCAAACGGACCCAGAUGGCUGGCUCGUCAAAAUCGAAGAAGAUAACCCCGACAGAAAGCACUUGUUGAAUCCUCUGUCAAGGUGUAAGUUAAAUUCCUUACCCAGUAACUUCCCUCGCAUUUUGAAUUUAUUGAACUUUAGGGUUUCUGAAUUGGGUCAAGAAUAUGUUCUGCAUCACGUUAACUACAAAUCGAAUUCGUCAUCAUCUGAUAUUGGUAAUUUGUACAUGGAGAAAGUGGUAAUAAUAUGGCUAAAUUGUGAAACCGAGUUUAUGUUGCUUACAAUCCAUGUAUCAGGAAAAUUGGCUGUGUUUAAAAGUGGUGAUAAGAAAUGGACUAUAAUACAAGACAUGCCUUCUCCUUAUGAUGAUGUGAUUGUUUAUAAAGGGAAUUUUUAUGCGGUUGAUAACACAGGGAGGACCGUGGUCGUGGGUUUGAACACAGAGUUAAGUUUGAUUGCAAAUCCUGUUUUUGGUGGUGACAAGAAGUAUUUGGUUGAGUCAAAUGGGGAGUUAUUAUUAGUUGAUAUGUAUUUGAGUAUUGAUACUGGGGAAGGGAGUUUGAGCUUUGAUGAGGAAUAUUUGGAGCAUCUUGCACAGUAUAUGAGUGAGAGGACGGUAAGGUUUAAGGUUUUUAAAUUAGACGAAGAAGUACAGAGCUGGAUUGAGGUGAAAAGCUUGGGCAAUCGUGUGUUGUUUUUAGGUGAUGAUUCUACAUUUUCUGCAACAGUUUCUGACCUUAAAGAAUGCAAAGGGAAUUGUAUAUUUUUUGUGGAUAAUUUCUUCUAUCCAAGGGAAGAUUAUCCGUCUGGGGGAGAUGAUGGACUAUUGGUAGGUGGAGACAUCGGUGUAUUUGAUUUGGAGAGUGGCGCAAUAGGACCUUUAGGAAAUUACCCUGAACAUGCGAAGAUGUUUUGGCCACCUCCUCAUUGGGUUACUCUUAACCUCUAUGGAGGUGCAAGCUCAAAAUCAACUUGAAGUGCUGUCCUUGUAAAAUAACAAUUAAUUUUCUGCUUUGCUCCUAUUAAAUCUAGUCAUGGUCUGAUAUUUAGAUGAUACACUGUAUCUUCUGAUGAUCAUGGACUUCUGAUAGAUGGAAGUUCUCAAGAUAAUACAAGUAUUGUAAUCAAAGAUCCUGAACCGAAAUUUCCUUGGAUCUCUACGAGUUUGAUCCCAGUCUAUGUGAAUGCCUGAAAGUUUUGGGACAGACUUGAGAUUCUCAUAUCAUGAUUGUUGAAAGUCAAUCAACAACUUGCUGUUUUCCGUCUACCAGGGAAGUGAAACUUCAAUCACCCUGAAGCUGCAUUAUACAUUUCACUAUUUCAGGGAUCAGCCGAGUGCAAUCUCAUUUCUUGAUCUGGGUGGAGUCCAGAAUUGACUGGCGAUUCAAUACUGACUGAAUUUCCUUUCCCUGUCAGGGUUUUUUAUUUAUUUCAUGUUGUGCAGUUUGUCUUUGGCCACUCAUUAAUUAGUUUCUAAAGUUGAUUUUAUGAAUAUUCAUCAUUUUGUAUAGACUUGGAUCCCCUAAUAAUAACAAUAAAUUGGUGAAACGUUUCUGUUACA